AUGGAACGUAAUACUGAAAUAAGUUCAAGUGAAGAUGAGUUCGAUUUCACGGUGCUUAACGAGGAAAUUACGUCUCUACACAGAGAGCUUGUCGAUACAGAGAAUAACAGCAGUAGUGACGAUAAAGACUCACAAUCGGACAGUACUGAAUGGAUUAGUUGCACUGAAUCUGAAGAAAUACCGUCAAGAAUACCAUUUAUAGCCGGCGACACUACUGCAGGACCGCACGCACCACCAGAUAAGAAAGAACCAUUGGAUUUUUUAAAACUCUUUGUUACUAAUAAACUGGCGAAUGGAAUAGUUAUUGAAACUAAUAAUUAUGCUACAAAAAAGUUAGAAGGAAAGACAUUAUCACCGUACUCGAUAUGGCGAAAUUGGCGGAAUGUAACUAUUGAAGAAAUGUGGGCAUUCAUUGGUGUUAUAAUAAAUAUGGGGACAAUGCCGUUGGCAAAUUUGCAGGAAUAUUGGUCACGGAAUGAUGUCAGCUACAUCCCUUUUUAUUCGAACAAGUUCACGAGAGAUAGAUUCAAUCAGAUUUUUUGGAUGCUUCAUCUAAAGACAAUCCAAAGACAAGAUGCAGGACCACGAACACGCUUACAACUGUUUGGCUGUUUUCUUGAUUAUAUAAAUUCAAAAUUUUUUAAGUAUUUUACACCGAGAAGAGAGAUUUGUGUGGAUGAAUCUACGGUCAAGUUCAAAGAUCGGAUCUCUUUCAUAACGUACAAUCCGAAGAAACCAACCAAAUGGGGAAUCAGAGUUUAUACGAUGGCAGACACUUCCGGUAUCAACGAAAAUACCAUUGCAUCUUUAUACAAUGCUGCUGGAAAAAAUGCCUGGUGCUCAAGGAUAUCAUAUGUUCACUGA